GUCAGCCCUUUCCACCUAUUCAUUAAAGUUGCAAUAUAGGGCAGGAAAACAAAACUUGGAUGCAGAUGCCCUAUCCAGGCGGUCACAUGGUGAGCUGUUUGACGACUAUGCUUCACAAAAAGAACAAGAGAGGAUCAGUAAGUUCACUGCCAACCACCUGUCUGAAACCGAAACCUCUGAGAUGGUUAAUACAGAGGAGAUAAAGGCCAUCUGUGAGAGGCAUGAUGUCUACUUAAGGGAUGAGAAGUCUGACCCUUCUGAUCGUUCUAUUGCAUUGGUUGAGUCCAUAACACUCUGUCCUGAGGCAAUCCCCCUCAGUUUUCAAGGGGAACAUGAUCAUGGGUUGCCAGUGGUACCCUCUCUCUCUGUAGCUGAACUGUCAGAGAAGCAGCACGCAGAUCCCAGCAUCAGAGAAAUAAUAACUCACAUGCAAACAGGGGAAUCACCCCCACCUUUAGUAAGGACGGAGCUCCCUGAGUUUGUUUUCUUAUUGAGAGAACGGAAAAAGUUGGAACUCAUAGACGGAGUUUUGUACAGGAAGAGACAAAGUGCCAAUACCAGCACCUAUCAGCUGGUUCUGCCACGAGAACUGAGAGAGCUAGUGCUGAAAAGCCUGCAUGAUGAAAUGGGUCAUCUCGGUGUUGAACGGACACUUGACCUUGCGAGGGAUAGGUUUUAUUGGCCGAAAAUGUCUUCAACAGUUGAGGAAAAAAUAAGGGCAUGUGAUCGUUGUGUCCGACGAAAGACUCCAGUGGAGAGAGCUGCCCCGAUGGUCAACAUACGGACCAGCAGACCUCUAGAGCUAGUUUGCAUGGACUUUUUAAGUGUUGAACCAGAUCGGAGUAAUACCAAAGAUAUACUGGUAAUAACGGAUCAUUUCACAAAAUACGCCCUAGCUAUACCGACUCCAAACCAGAAAGCAACCACUGUGGCCAAGUGUUUGUGGGACCAUUUUAUAGUGCAUUAUGGGUUUCCUGAGAAGCUUCAUAGUGAUCAGGGCCCAGAUUUUGAGUCACGCACUAUAAAGGAGUUGUGUGUCAUGGCAGGGAUAAAAAAGACAAGAACGACUCCAUAUCAUCCGAAAGGAAACCCUGUUGAGCGCUUUAACAGAACGCUAUUGCAAAUGUUAGGCACUCUGGACAACAAAGACAAGUCCCAUUGGCGAGAUUAUGUUAAACCACUGGCACAUGCGUACAAUUGUACUAAACAUGAAGUCACAGGUUUUUCUCCCUAUGAGCUUAUGUUUGGGAGGAAGCCGAGGCUCCCUGUAGAUCUAGCCUUUGAGCUUCCUGUCAAUGAUCAGUCUAUGUCCCACUCACAGUAUGUGCAAAACUUAAAGGACAGUUUGAAGGAAAGCUAUGCACUUUGCAAUAAAAAUGCUCAGAAGUCUGCUGAGCGCAAUAAACUCAGGUUUGACAAAAGAGUAACAGAGUCUAGUUUAGAACCAGGUGACCGAGUGCUAGUUAGAAACGUGCGAUUGAGAGGGAAGCAUAAACUAGCUGACAGGUGGGAAGCAGAGGUUUAUGUAGUUGUCUCAAGAGCUGGUGAUCUCCCAGUAUACAGAGUGUGUCCAGAAAGGAAAAAGGGGCCCUUGCGCACCCUACACAGGGACCUGUUGUUACCCUGCAGGUUUUUGCCAGUAAGCGUUCCAGAGAGCUCAACCCCACCACCGGUGACGAAAAAGCCAAGGACUCGUCAAAACCCGGGCAGUGAAAAUGAAAAUGAGGAGUGUGAACAGUCAGAUGAUGAUGAAUCGUAUCCCCUAAGGUAUGUGCCGGUGGAAUCACCUGCAUGCAGCACAAUCCCUAGAGUGGAUGAGGCAGUGGAUGAUGUUAUAACUAAGGAUGGCACUGCUGAACUCGCUGCUGCUCCUCCCGAACCAUGUAGUACAGACUCUGAGAGACUGGUUCCGCAGGAAGUGGCUGAGGAAGCCUUAAUAACAAAGCCAUCUGAUCCUGGAACCUCAGACCCCAAAAUGUUGGAGAGACACUCUUUCUUGCGAAAAGAAAUACCUCCUGUGUCCUCCAGGUGCCCUGAUGGAGAAGUUGAGAUGCUCACACCUGACAAUACAGAUCAUACCCCUCACAAUGAUACCCAGCUUGACAUGACGCAUUCAGAUGAGUCAUCAGGAGAGGUGCAGAGGGCGGUCAGGUGUUCAAACAGACUAAGGACAGGACCCAAAAGACUCCAUUAUGCAGAGCUUGGAAAUCCUUUAAUAGAAGUGGUACAAUCACUUUUCCAGAGUCUCAGUGAUGCAUUAGUUAACUCAUUAAAUGGUGUCGAUUCACGGGUUGAUGAUCAAAUUAGUACAACUCCAGGUGUGCCAGUAAUUACACAGCCACUAAGGAGGAGCACAGGGACGUGCCUCCCUUCACAGGGGGAGGGUGUAACCCAGGUCAUAUAAAUAUUUACUGUUGAGACACAAAUGUUCUUGAGCAUGUGGAAAAAAUUCAUCUAAUGUGAGUUUUAUUAAAAAGGAAACAUGCAUCUUAUUUUGAAAUUCCCGGAAGUGGAAAAAAAAAAACUCCGCCGUCUCUGAAAAAGACGAUUUGGAAAGAAAGACGUGAGAAACACGGAGGUGAUAUUUUUCUUUGUUCAGAAACUUGUCAGAUAGACCUGGAUAACCACCAGUGAAGCGAACCCUGUUCCGUGAAGAUGUUUUUGUGUGUAUUUGGAUUCUUCUGGGUGAGUUUGACUGUUUGUAAAUGAGAAAUUCAUGGCUGUAAAACUUUAAUGGCGGCCGUUGUGUUGUGAGCAGUGCUUUUAAUUCGAUGUACGUGACGCUGUUUAAGUGACACUGGUUAUAUAUAUGUUGUAGAGUGUUUUUUUUAUGUGCCUUCGUGCACCAAAUGAAACUAAAAUGCACAAUACAAUGCACUGAAAAAAAGGCGCUUUGUUCUGUAGUGUGUCGGCGGUGCGCCGUCGCCAUUUUGAGACGUCAGGAGAGCCCGUUUACUGAUUCCUUUGGUCAGGUUUUUUUGUUGGAUGUAUGAUCCUGCGUGCUGAUCCAGUCCAGAGGUGGCGAGCCAACUGUACCAGGACCCACGGAUGUCUGCUGAUUGGGAGAGUUUGAUUUCCUCUGGACUGCCUGAACUUUGCUGAUCCUGCUAGGUGGUAGGAUAAAACUGCACUUACCAUCCUUCUGCAUACUCUGGGAGGACAUCAGAACCCACAUUUCUGUGGUGUGGAGUUGCACCACAGUGACUGACUAAAAAUCCCCCGGGGGUGUAUUUUGUUUUUUUUAUCAUUUAUUUAGUGAUCUGGGCCCAGCUUUCACUGUGUUUAUUUUGAUGAUCAUAUUUGUGUUGUCCACUGUUUUUGUUUGGACUGUUUAAUACAGGUGCUUGAACUAAGUUUGUUGUGUGGCCUCAUUAAUUAUCUC